AUGACGAACCACACGUCCACAUCCUCAACUAGCGCAUCGGCAGGGACAGCUACGCUCCCCAUCUCGAGUACACCCACAAACACAAACACAAACACAAGCGCAAGCACAAGCACAAGCACAGGCAGCAAUUCAACUCAACCCUCAACCCCCACCGCACAAUCACAAUCCGGGAACGGACUAUCCAGCUCGCAGAUCGGCGGGAUCGUCGGGGGUGUCGUCGCCGCAGCGGUGCUAGGCGGGCUCAUCGCGUUCAUCUUCUGGUUCCGACGGCGGCGUCGACGGCUUGCGGACGCCCAGCAGACGGGGGAUCAACAACCGGUGCGGCGGGAUGGUGAGGGCGCUGAUGAUGGCGCAGCGUCUACUGUGGGGUCGGCGAUGCGUGAAGAUGAGCAUGAUCCCGAAGGGAAGGGUGCUGCGACGGAGAUGGAGGAAAAGGAGAUUCCCAUGCUGGGUGGGCGGAUGAGGCAGGAGAUGGAUGCGCAGGGGGAAGCGGCGGUGCAUGAGAUGGGGGAUUCGAUGGAGGGGAGGAAGGUUCUUGGGGCGGGUAAACUGUCGGAGCUGCCUGGGUCCAUGGGGAGGAUGGCCGAGUUGCCCGGUUCGGAGGUGGAUUUCAAGCGAUGA